GCACCGGGGAGCGGAGGAGAGUAAAUACAACAGGAGUGCAAAAUGGCGGAGCCCCGGAGCCCAGUGCGCGGCGCCGCUGUUGCUGCCGCCGCCGCUGUCGCCUCGGAGAAAGAACCGUUCGUCAUGCGGCAGCCCUCCUCCAGGGACGCACCGGGUUCUCUGUCCGCCAAGAAGGUCCGGACUGAGGAGAAGAAGGCACCGCGGAGAGUGAACGGAGAAGGAGGCAGCGGCGGGAACAGCAGGCAGCUGCAGCCGCCAGCAGCACCUUCGCCUCAGAGCUAUGGCAGCUCUGCGUCUUGGAGCUUCUCCGCUCUGUCGGCUGCCCCCUCCCCGUCCUCUUCUCGGAGCAGUUUCUCUUUCUCCGUUGGCACGGCCGUUCCCUCGUCAGCCUCCGCUUCCUUGUCUCAGCCAGUGCCGCGCAAACUGCUGGUCCCUCCUACGCUGCUGCACGCUCAGCCUCACCAUCUCCUGCUGCCGGCCGCCGCUUCCUCGGCCAACGCCAAGUCUCGCAGACCUAAGGAGAAGCGGGAGAAGGAGAAGAGGAAGCAUGGCCUAGGUGAGGCUAGCGGGGCCGCCCGGGAGGAGAACGGCGAGGUGAAGCAGCCGCCGCGAGAUAAAAUCAAAGACAAAAUUAAAGAAAGAGACAAAGAAAAAGAGAGAGAAAAAAAGAAACAUAAAGUAAUGACUGAGAUCAAGAAAGAGAAUGGAGAAGUAAAAAUUUUGCUAAAAAGUGGGAAGGAGAAACCAAAAACAAAUGUAGAAGACCUACAAAUUAAAAAAGUAAAGAAGAAAAAGAAAAAGAAACACAAAGAGAAUGAAAAACGGAAGCGUCCAAAAAUGUAUAGUAAAUCUAUUCAGACCAUCUGCUCAGGAUUGUUAUCUGAUGUUGAAGAUCAAGAAGCCAAAGGCAUCCUAAAUGAUAACAUAAAGGAUUACAUUGGAAAGAAUUUGGAUACCAAGCACUAUGAUUCCAAAAUUCCAGAGAACAGUGAGUUUCCAUUUGUCUCGUUAAAGGAGCCACGAGUUCAGAAUAACCUCAAAAGGUUGGACACUUUGGAAUUCAAACAGCUCAUUCAUAUUGAGCACCAACCUAAUGGAGGUGCAUCGGUUAUCCAUGCCUACAGUAACGAACUCUCCCACCUGUCUCCUAUGGAGAUGGAGAGGUUUGCAGAAGAGUUUGUGGGUCUAGUGUUCAGUGAAAAUGAAAACUCUGCAGCUUUCUAUGUAAUGGGUAUUGUUCAUGGGGCAGCUACUUAUUUACCUGACUUUUUAGACUACUUUUCAUUUAAUUUUCCCAAUUCACCAGUGAAAAUGGAGAUAUUGGGAAAGAAAGAUAUAGAGACAACAACUAUGUCCAAUUUUCAUGCUCAGGUAAAAAGAACGUAUUCUCAUGGUACUUACAGAGCUGGCCCAAUGCGACAAAUAAGCUUGGUGGGAGCAGUUGAUGAAGAAGUGGGAGAUUACUUUCCUGAGUUCCUUGACAUGUUGGAAAAUUCACCAUUUUUAAAAUGUACACUGCCGUGGGGGACACUAUCUAGUCUAAAAUUAGAGAGUCGAAAAGACAGUGAUGAUGGCCCCAUCAUGUGGGUACGUCCAGGAGAACAAAUGAUCCCUGUGGCUGAUAUGCCAAAGUCACCUUUCAAAAGGAAAAGAACUACCAAUGAAAUAAAAAACCUUCAGUACCUACCUCGAACCAGUGAGCCCCGUGAGAUGCUCUUUGAAGACAGGACAAGAGCUCAUGCAGAUCACAUAGGACAAGGUUUUGAACGACAGACUACAGCUGCUGUUGGAGUGCUGAAGGCUGUACACUGUGGAGAGUGGCCUGAUCAACCCCGAAUAACCAAAGAUGUAAUUUGUUUUCAUGCUGAGGAUUUCUUAGAAGUAGUUCAACGAAUGCAGUUAGAUUUACAUGAACCUCCACUGUCCCAGUGUGUCCAGUGGGUCGAUGAUGCAAAACUUAAUCAACUGAGGAGAGAAGGCAUUCGCUAUGCCAGGAUUCAGCUGUAUGAUAAUGACAUUUAUUUUAUUCCAAGGAAUGUUGUUCAUCAGUUCAAGACAGUUUCAGCUGUAUGCAGUUUAGCAUGGCAUGUUCGGCUCAAAUUAUAUCACUCAGAGGAGGACACUUCCCAGAAUACAGCUACUCAUGAAACAGGCACAUCACCAGAUUCCACAUCAUCAGUUCUUGGACCUCACACUGACAUGAUUUGUGCUGUAAGAAAAUGCUCCUUGGAUUCUGUUUUUUCAGAUAAACUUCAUUCUAAAUAUGAAUUACAGCAGAUUAAACAUGAACCUACUGCAUCUGUAAGAAUCAAGGAAGAACCUGUCACUAUUCCUGAAAAGACUAGAGCACCGAAUAAUACGGAUGGCAAGAAUGUGAAAACAAAAUUGGAUCAUGUUCAAUUUACAGAAUUUAAGAUCCACAUGGAUUCUAAAUUUGAAAAUAGCAACCAAGAUUUAAGGGAAGAAUUGUGCCCUGGAAGUCUCAUAAGUCUAGUUGAUUCAAGGCAACAUAGUUCAGCACAUCCAAAUCAAGAUAGAAAAGAUGAUGAUGACAUUUUGUGCUAAAUUUGUACAUAACAUUUAAAAUUCUUUUUUAAAAAAAAUUUAAUAAUGUAAUAAAGAUUCAUGAAUUCUGAAAGCAAGCCAAGGACUUGCUCCCAAGUCUGUUACAAAAUAUAGUUUAUGUAGCUUUGUAACAUUCCUCAGUGCCUGUCCAUAACUGUGAAGUAUCAAGCACUUAGGGCCAGAUGCACUGUAAACAUUGCAGGUUUAAACUUAAAGGAGUCUUUAAAAAAUCAUUUGAGUUGGAAUUAUAGGUUUUAGAAUAGAGCUGACAUUAACAUAUAUAUAUAUUUUUUGUAAGAUGAGCCAGAAUUCUUUUUUGACAAUUUAAGGCUUUUCCAUAGAGCUUAUUUAUACCAAUUUUUUUUUUCAUUUUAAACGUGUCAGCACUGUAGUGUAAAUAGCUUUUAAAAAAUCUUUUUAGUGUGAUUUAUACUGAAAUGUGAACCACUUAAUAAAGGUUCAUAAUAAUAUGUUUUCUCUUGGAUCUGCAAAGACAAA